AUGCAUCAGGCACUAGCCAACAGAGAUAAGGGCAUUACCCCACUGAACCUAGCCAACCUAGCUCUCAAUCCAUCCGCGAUGGUGUCAUCACCCCCCGAACUGAUCGAGAAGUGGAAAUCCAAGCCACUACAUGGACGCUAUAGAACGCGAAUUGAAGACCAGGCAGUAGACACCAAAGCAUCCCAAGAGUGGAUAUGUAUAUGCGGACGACCCAAACAUGAUACAACACCUUGCGACACACCUAUGCAUUGCGUUAAUUGUGAAGGUGAACACGCAGCCAAUUCAAGAGCUUGCCCUAAGAUGAAGGAGGAAAUAGCGAUUCAAAAAGUUAGGACUAUGGAAAAACUGAGCUAUCUAGAAGCAAAGAAAAAAGUAAUCAGGCCCAUUCCUCAAAAAUCCUACUCCGAAAUUGCGGCGACCACAACUAAAAGAAAGUAUUACGCCGCAAUGCCUGCUAAUACAACGUAUGCCCAAGUAACAGCCUCUGGGUCAGACAAUACUACGGCUAAGAAAUUCAUUCAGGAGCUCAUCCCAGAUAUUGCUCAGAUUAUAGACCAACAGGUCAAAAAAGCAAUAGAUGAGGUAAUUAAGACCAGUUUAUCAAUAUACCUGCCGUCUACCUCAUCAGAAAGAAGGCCUAUGCGACGGGAUCAGUAUGACCUCGAUGCAGCCUCAAUUGUCUCUGAUACUCCAUCACAACUUUCAGAUAAAAGAAAAAGGACACAAUAUAUUCGGACUGAAGAGCUAGUCUGCCUUACCGAUACUUCUGAAUCACAACUAGAUGAGCUGAGUCAAACUAAAAGGAAAAAGGGUUGGCCAAAGGGUGUACCACUUCGGCUAGAAGAUGCUAAAGAAGCUAUGAAGGAAAAUGUCCUCCACUCAUGGCAGGAAGAAUGGAACCUCUCGAAUAAAUUUUUGAAAACGUUCAAGCCAAGCAUAAAAAAAUGGAGCCUUCCACAUAUGACACGUAGAGAACAAAAAUGUCCUAAUACCGAAAUGUGUACUUGUGGUCAACCCAAUCACCCAGGAGAGCCGUGCAAUGAACAUAAGAAAUGUAUCAACUGUGAAGGACAGCAUGCUGCUGAUUCUAGAGAAUGUCCGCGGAUGAAGGAAGAAGUUGCCAUCCAAAGAGUGAGGACGCUAGAAAAAAUUAGUUAUCUGGAGGCAAAAAGGAAAGUAAUUAGCUCAUCUCCCCGGGUGUCAUACGCUCAAGUUACCGCUACCCCAAGUGCUACAGUUAAUAAACUUGUUGAAGAACUUCUUCCUCUGCUUUCAAAAACGAUAGAAACACAGAUUAAACAAACCUUUGAUAAAUUUGUAAAUAGACCAGUACGGACAUUGACACCUUUAAAUCUACCUCCUCCUAACCAAUACCUAUCGGAUACGUCUACUCAACCAUCUCUUUCAGAAAAGAGGAAACGUACUGUUAUCCAAAAGGAUAAUGCGGAUGAUCCCGCAGACGAUACUGACGAAAGCUUUUCGUCACAAGCCAGCGGAACAUCCUCACUUGCUAAGAAAAAAAAGGGAUGGCCGAAGGGAAAACCCAGAAAGCCUCCAGAUGAUAAGACGAUUAGUUCGAUGUAA